AUGGAGCUGGAACUGCACCGCGUGGACCUGCUGCAGACCGGGGCCGCGGCGCCCGGCACACUGGCGGUGCUGCCGCCCGGCGAGAAGAAGACGCAGAAGGUGGCAGUGGGUGACUGCUCAGGCGUCGUGCAGUGCCUGUCUGUCAAAAAGGGCGAGGUGGCGCUGAGCUUCAAAACCAUGCCCGGCCCAAAGGUGACCAGCGUGAGCAUCGGACGCCACUCGCGGCAGCGCGACAAGAUAUUUGUGGCCUCUGGCGGCACGAUCAGGGGCCUGACGAAGAAGGGCAAGGAGUUCUUCCGCUUCACCACCUCCCUCACGGAGCCAAUAUCGCGCCUCGCCGUCGCGGACAGGGACGUGUGGGCGUCGUGCGAGUUCGUCCACAGCCACUACCUUGAGGCAAAAGAUAAGGGCCUGUACCUCGCGCCAGACAGGAUCCUGGCGGCAGAGGUCAUCCCGCUGCUGGGCACGGCGGGCAUGGUGCCAGUCCUGGCCUGCCGCGACCGCAUGGUGCGAGUUCUGGAGCCGGAUGGCUCCGCGACGCUGUUCGAGGUGCCCACCCCCUCGCCGCCCACCGCGCUGCUGCACGUCCCGGACUCCCACGAUCCCCGCCACAGGUUCCCGCCCGGCUGCCACGAGCUGCUGUAUGGCUGCGAGGACGGCCGCAUAGUGCAGCUGAUGGUGGAGCGCGCCGCGGUGCGCCAGGGCUUCACAAUACCCGCGCCGCAGGGCGGCGGCGCCGUGAGGGCGCUGCACUGCGGCGCAGAUUACAGCAAGUCUGGCUGUGCUGACAUAGUGGUGGGCCGCGAGGACGGGUGGCUUGAGGUCUGGGACGUUGACGAGGCGGGGCUGCCGCAAAAGGUGUUCUCUGUUCAGCUGCCCGAGUCAAUCUGCAGCGUCGACGGCGGCUACGUCACCAGCGCCGCCGCUGCUGACAUCAUCGUACACACCUUCACCGGAAAGGUCAUCGCCUUUUCGCCCAACGCUGCUUCGCUUGCUCUGGGCGCCCCCGCUACCGCCGCUGCUGCCUCAGUGGUGCCUGGACUGGGCGCCCUGAAUUUGAAAGACGUGGCCGGCGGCCCGGGCGCGUCGGCGGCCGCCCAGGCUGCUGCAGCAGGGCAGCAGCAGAUGAGCCAGAAUCAGCUGCUGGUGUCGGCCCUGAAUGCACGGGUGGCAAAGGCCACUGCAGAAGUCGAGGAGCUGCGCAAGCGCCUGGACAAGGAGCGGGCCAGGGCGCACAGCCGCCCGCUCAGCGGCGCCGCGGCCCCGGCCGCAUCCGCAGCGCUCGACGUCAGCCACUCGCUCAAGCUGCAGGCGGCCGCGGGCGACGGCGGGCACGGCGGCUGCUACGCGCUGGCGCUGGAGAGCGCCGCCCCGCUGUUUGCUGUCGGUCUGGCGUGCAGCCGGGAGCUGCUGCUACUGGAUGCGCCAGGCAACGUCGCAAUUGUCAGCAGGAGCACGCCGGACGAGCGCAGCGGCUGGGCCACCCUGGCAACUUACAGGUGCCAGGACGCCACCAACCGCCUGACCAUCAGCUUCAAGGCGCAGGAGGGCCAGGCCGGGGUGCUCCACGCGUUUGUGAUCCCCGCCAUACCCCCGAAGACGUGCACCGUGGUGCAGUACAGGCUGGCACCCCUGUGCCUUCACCAGCGGAUCUCAUCAGAUGUCGUGGAGAUGUGGCAGCAGCAGCAGCAGCAGCAGGGGCAGCAGGGGCAGGGCAGUGGGCCGGCAGCUGCGGGGCAGCUUCCCUUCAGCGAGCUCAUGAUGUCAGGCGCAUUUUCCCUGCAAGACAUCAACUCCUGGGUGGCCGCCGCCCUGCCAGAUCUGCCGCCCCACGCGCCCACCACCGACGGAGGGAAGGGCGGCGGCGGGGGCGGGGCAGGAGGCGACGUCCGCUACAGCUUCCGCAGCUGCCAGGCGGGCAGCCUGCUGGGCUGCAGCAUCGCGGCCGGCACGGCGCGAUUCGUCAGCGACAACAUCACCGCGCUGGCGCUGCUGCACGACAGCCUCAUGCGGUCGGCUACCGCGGACAAGGUGCGCGCGUCCAGCAGCUUCGCGGUGCACCCCCGCGGGCUGGAACACGCGGCGCGCCUGCUGUGGCCGGAGCUGGAGCUGCAGCGCGGGCGGGCACGGCGCGCCAAAUUGCUGCAGGCGCUGCAGGAGCUGCGUGUGCAAGACGGCGGCGACGUGGGUUACCUCGCGCCCGAGUACAAAGCCAUGCUCGACCAGGCGUCACCCGCGGGCGCCGCCGCCUUGCCACCGGGCGACGAGGACGGCGCUGGGGCUGGGGCCGGGGGCAAGCCGCCGGGGGCCGGCGGCGGAGGCGACGGCGCGCGCGAGCUCGCGGCAGCGGAGGAAGCCGUGCGGCAGCUGUUCAGGGACCACCUCCGGCUGGGCGGCGGCGCCGGCGGCGGGGCGCGGGGGCGGCUGCAGGGGCUGGAUGAGAUGCUGAAGAGGGCCGGGGAUGCAGGGGCGCGGCUGCCAGAUGUGGUUGCUUACAUGCGCGGCGGGGGGCAGUGA